AUGGUGGACUUCACUGUGGUUCGUUGCCCCUCUUCGUACAACGCCAUCCUUGGUAGGCCGACCCUUAAUGCUCUUCAAGCUGCAGUCUCCACAUUCCAUCUCGCUAUGAAGUUCCCCAAAUAUGGUAUAGGGGUAGCACGUGGAGAUCAAAAAACUACGUGGCAAUGCUACCUGCUCUCCUGCCAAGGACCACGGUUGGCCGCAAAAACACUAAUGAUAGAAGCUUAUGACUUCCGAGAUGAGGUGAGGACAAAACGCGGCCAACCUGUCGAAGACCUCAUCCAAGUACCUCUUAACGAAGGAGACCCCGAGAGGAUAGUCCAGGUUGGCUCUCUCUUAAAUGACCACAUUCGAAAAAAGCUUGUACAGUUAUUGAGAGACCACGCUGAUGUAUUUGCCUGGUCGACAACAGAUAUGUCGGGGAUCGACCCCGAAGUCCUCACACACCAUUUGAACGCCGACCCCCGCUAUCGACCUGUUGAGCAGAGGAAGAGGAGUUUCGCAACAGAAUGGUGGCUGGUGAUUGCAGAUGAAGUACAAAAGCUACUCGACAUCGACUUCAUUCGGGAGGUCAAGUAUCCUGACUGGCUGAACAAAACAAGGCCUACCCCAAAAGACAACUUUCCUCUACCAAGGAUCGACCAACUUAUCGAUGCAAAGGCGAGCCAUGAACUCUUGAGCUUUAUGGAUGCCUUCUCAGGGUACAAUCAGAUCCGAAUGCAUCCCGAUGAUCAGGAGAAAACAGCCUUCAUCACCGACCGCGGCUUGUAUUGCUACAAGGUCAUGCCCUUUGGCCUCAAGAACAUCGGCGCCACUGACCAAUGA